AUGCUGGAGCUCGGUGUCUUGCACGAGGGCUUCAACCCAGACAGCCGCAUCUCCAAAGGCGAUCAGCGCAUUAGCAUGGUGCCGGAUGUCGCCGAGCAGCUCAUCAAGGACGGCUAUGGGGUGAUCGUCGAGAAAGGAGCAGGAAUCUACUCCGGCUUCACCGACGAGGCGUACCAGGCGAAGGGCUGCAAAAUCGCGAGCCGAGCCGGUGUCAUCCAGAAGAGCACUGUGCUGUUUUCGAUCGAGCCGCCCACGGCAGACUUCGCACAGUGCAAGGGCAAGGUGAUCAUCUCCUGGGUGGGACGGCUGCUGGACAAGGGCAAGGACAUCUGCGAGAAAGCCAAGGCCGCCGGCGUCACCCUCAUCGACGUGACCGCCGUCCCGCGCAUCACCAUUGCGCAGAAGUUGGAUGUCCUCAGCUCCCAGGCUAAGGUGGCAGGGCACCGCGCCGUGAUCGAGGCCUCCUAUUCCUUCGGCCGUUUCCACACUGCCGAGAUGACGGCCGCAGGCAAGUACCCGCCCUCGCAGACUUUCGUCCUGGGCUGCGGCGUCGCCGGCCUGGCGGCCAUCGGUACUUCCAAGGCCAUGGGCUCCGUCGUGCGGGCCUGGGAUGUCCGUGACGUCUCUGACCAGGUCCACUCCAUGGGCGCCAAGUGGGUCAGCGUGGAAUUCAAGGAGAGCGGCGAGGGCCAGGGCGGCUACGCCAAGGAAUCUUCGGAUGCCUUCAAGAAGGUGCAGCAGGAGACUUUCAAGAAAGUCCUGUCCGAGUGCGACAUCGCCAUCUCCACAGCCGCCAUCCCUGGGCGACCCUCGCCUCUGCUGAUCACCAAGGACGCCGUGGGCGCCAUGCGUCCCGGAAGCGUCAUCGUAGAUCUUGCGGCGGCCGGUGGCGGUAACUGCGAGUUGACGAAGCGCCUCGGCGAAGCGGUCGUAUGCGGUCGUUUCGCGCAGCGACGCCUCUACGUACAGCGGUUAUCAGCCGUAGUUAGCUCCGUAAUGGACAUCGUGCCGUUCACAACGGCCGCGGGCAACAACGGGGACGGUGGUAUUGGUGGCAGACAAGAGCAGGAAGCAAACCAGUACUUCUUGCAUUUGUUGCAGGAGAAUACUCAGGUGAACUUGUUCUUGAAUGACCCCCGCAUCCAAAGUGCCUUGGAGCUUCGCGCGGAACAAAGACAUCGUUUUGCACUGGACAACGUGUACGCCGAAGCCAACGCAUACAUUGCACACCUAGAGGCAACUGCGGAUGCGAAUCAUCGUCAACAACUAGCAUUUGUGAGCCAAUCCACACACCUGUUGGUGGGACAGCUACACAAUGAAGUACGAGUGCUAGAGACAAUCGCCCGAGCAGAACGACAAUCAGCCAACGAGCUGCAGGCACAGCUGGCACGCGCACAAAGGGAAAGUCAUGAUGAAAGGUCUAUGGCCAUGCAGUUUGAUGCACAUCGGUCCGAGCUGGAAGCAGCAGCGCGCACGCUCACUGCGGAAAACAGACAGCAUGAACGUCGUUUCGCGGAUUUGCGCUCGAGUAUCGAAGAAAACCACAGUGAGAUGAUUGCCUUUUUAGGGUCUGAGUUUGAGGAAAAGCUUCAAUGGGAAGAGAAUGAGUACUACCAUAGGCUAACCUCUGAGGCACAGCAGUACGAUAGCUUGGUUGAUGACCUGCAGGACAGGAAUGCGGAGCUUAUAGCUGAGGUCGACUCACUCAGGACUGUCUUGUCGACAGCGGAGAAUAGCCCACCGCAAGGUGGUGCCGUGCCGGUGAAAGUCGAUCCCAGUGAGAGCUCCAAGCUUCAACCAAGCCCACCGCAAGGUGGUGCCGCAGCGGAGAUUCCUGUGUCGCUUCGGACGGUUUUGGGAAGGACCCAACGGUAUGACAUUGGUGAGCCUGAUGAUUCCAAGGCCCACAGCGUAGCGGACAAGCCCUGCUACGCUUUCCAGCGUGGGAAGUGCCCACGAGGCGGAGGUAAAGGCGGUAAAGGUGGGGAGAAGAAGGACACCUCCAAGAUUCCUUGUAUCUUCUUCCCCAAAGGCACCUGCAAGAACGGUAAGAAUUGCCCAUUCAUGCACAAGGAUGCCGCUCCCUCUGUCCCGGCCAAAGGCGAUAAGGCUGGCAAGGACGGGAAGAGAUCGCCCUCCGGCAAGCGCAGGCGACCCAGUAAGAAAAGGCCAAAGAGUGAGGAUAAGCCAGCCGCAUGCUGUCUCUCCCUCACAGCCACCCUCACGGGUGAGCCAUCGGCCGAUGCUGGGAAAGCCAGUAGCAGCCCGCAAGGGUACAAGUCUGCGGAGCUAUGCCCACCAUCAAUUCCAGAGGACACCGAAGAAGCUUUGCAGAAUGCCCGUGUCGGGGUAGAGAAGGAUUCUGCACGCACUGCAAAGAAGCAAUUCCCCUGCCCCAACUUGCUGCAGCGGACCAUUGAUGGCAUGCUUAGCGGCAAAGUCCUCAGUCCAGCUGGCGCGGCAGAAGAUCCCAUCGAAAAGAUGGCGAAUUGCAUUCCUCCCAUUCCUGGGGUGGAAACGAGUCAACUGCUAAAGGCAGGUUGGACGGUCAUCAACGGCAGCCCCGAUGACGUGUGGUCUUUGUUGGAGGAUUCAGUCAACAUUGACGAAUUGGACGGUAUCUAUGGGGAAGCGCAAGCCGACAGCGAUGUCGAGCCAUACACUAUGCCAAAGUCUAAGAAGGACGAACAGCUUAGUGAAGACCUGGAUGAAAUGUUCCCAGAGCUAUUUGGUCCUGAUCGUGAUAAAGAUCCUCCGCCGAAGGACGCGAAAGAAGCCACCCGCAAGGGUGAGUCAAAGUCUGAUUCCCGUGCAGCAUUGCUUGAUGAUGUUCCGUUCUCUGUGAAGCAGAAGCUGAAGUCCAGCGCAGCAGUAGCAGCGCAAGAACCACCGUAUGGUUAUGCGUGGAGUGGGGAAUGUUUGGUCAAAAAGAACAACAAGAACCGCCCCGACGCUAUUGAUCAUACUGCAUGGAAGUCUAUGUCGAAAAGACAAAGAGCAACAGCAAUUGCAGAACAUGAGAAGAAGCUACAUGAGGAGAAUGAGGCACUGUACCGUGAAGCUAUAAAGGUGGAUUGGUGGGACGGCGAAACCUACUUCGACCUCGCAGGCCGGGAGCAGUCUGAUUUCGAGCUGGCAGUUGCAGCUGCCCGCAAGGGCAAGCCGGUUGGGCAUUUCAAGCUACUGAAUGUUGGUACAGCCGAACAAGUGGCGGAUGUAUUCACGAAGCCUUUCACUGAAAAGAACAAGUGGACGCAUGCCUUGAAGCUUAUUGGACAUACAACCAGCGCGAACGUAGCCGGGUGCAAACCCGAGUCGAAGGUCGAGGUCGACAACAAGGUUUCGGUAGCAGCAGCUCCGGAUGCAUCAAAGGUUGUCGAGGACUUUGCUAAACAAUCGUUCGAGGCUAACGAUUACAGCUUCAAGACCUUCGAGAAGCUAGCUGGGCUUAUUCGUACCAAUCUCAAGGCAUCAUUGGCAAAACCGCGAUCGUUUAUGGCUUCUGAGAAGAUAUCCAAAUACUUGGUAUUCGGCGCUUGGGUCCAUGGUGGGUGCUUUGGUAUUACCAACCGCACAAAACAUUACCCAUGGAUUUGCAGGUAUGUGAAUGAAUUUGUUAAGCGAUCAUCUCCGAAAGGGUUUACAUGGACUUCGUUCGUGUUCAACUUCAAUGGCAAGGCCCGCAUCCACACGGAUAAGUACAAUCAGAAAGAAUCGUACAACCUGACGUUCUCCUUCGGUAACUAUACAGGGGGGAUGGCAGCCAUCGUUGUGAGCGACGAGUUCUGGAGGGUCAACACCUCCGAAGCAGACAGGGCUGGAGUUACCAAGGCCAUGAAAACCAUUCUCCAAUCCGCCGCCCUCAACAACGAUAUCAUUUCGCUAGGCGCCGAUCAUGAGAGCCAGCUCUUGGAGUCGGCGUACAGCUGCGUAUCCACACAAUGCGCGGCUGGGCUAUCUUUGACCCAUGCCGACGCAACCUGUGUGGCUCUGCGCCAGAUGGCUGACCUCAGUGACGAGGGACUCGCCAAGUUGAAGCCAACCGCAAGGUUGAGCCCCAAGGCCAAGCGAGCCAUCAUUGUCGUGUCAGACAGCUCCACCGCACUUUGCAAGAAGAACAGACGGGGAGUGUUCGUCAAGGCCGACUUGGAUGCGGAAGUGAACAUCGCAAGCAUGACGCUGGGAUGGGCACAGACUCGCUACACCAUGUGUUGGGGCAAAACCUUGGCGUGGAUUGUCUGGCAGGUCGAGGAGCAUGUGAAAGAGCUUCGGACCAACUAUCCGGACCACACCAUCGACGUGAUCUGCUGGUGGUGCGGGAACGAGAUCUCCGGCCAGUGGGGCUGCAUCCCCACGCGGCUUGGACCGGGACUCGCCUACAGAGAUCCCAAUGUCACAACGGAGACCGUCGCCCGGAAAGUGAGAAGGGCAGCAGAUGUUUUAGCCGCCCUCGCGGGCGAGCCGGACAUUGGUUUUGUGAAGGUGAUUGGGCAGGUGGAGGCGGACUUGUUCCAACUCCACUCAGCAUACAACGACUUCAAUGCCGCAAUGUUCGAGGAGUUCAGACAGCACGGUCUGCAAGUGCAAACCACGAGCUCCUUGGUCGAAAAGCUGGAAAUGUAUGACAGCUUUCACGCCCGUGAAGACCGUCGCAACCGCGAGUUAUUCCAGACCUACUUGCAUGCCACUUUCAAUGCAAGCAGGAGCGAAUGGCUUGCCCAGAAGAUGACACCCUGUGUCAGGGCUUUGCUUGUUCGCUAUGAGCACUUUGAGACUGGCUCCGGUGCCAACAAUCCGGUGCUCGAGGAUGUCUUCCAGCAGUGGCGUGCGGAGAAGGACCAGCUCAUGAACCCGAAACAGGCAAAGCCAAUGCAAGUCACCCAGGAGGACAAGAUGUGGGAAGCCCCAGAUGCCGCUGACGCAACCGACGUCACCAAGAUCUCCAAAAAACUACCCAUGGAUAAAGCCAUCCGCAAGGAUGUGCCAAGGAUCGGUGCAACCACUGAUGUUAGUGCUGUUGCGGAGUGCAUCAAUGACAUUGUCACCCAGGACGCAGACGGUAAGGUAUCCUACAAUACCCCGGGCACGGUGGAGCUGGUGGAUGAGGGCGAACAAGUCGACCCCAUCCCAUCAUCGAUUGGACGUGUCAUUGAGCCCGCGGCACCCAAGAAGACUAAGAAGUCUGACCGCGACGAGGAUGCCAUGCGAAGGCUCAUGUUCAUCGAUGAAAGCGCCCCGCAAGGGGCUGCCGCUAUGCCAGAGCUUCCGAAUGAGUACUUCUACAACGGUAAGAAGCACUUGAUGAAGCCCUUCAAUCCGGAGGACAUUGUGGGAGACAGGCACGUGACUUUCAAACACGGUGACCUGAAGUUCCUCACCAAGCUGCUACGUGGCCAUGAAAUGGACGACUUCCCUGCCUGGAGGCUCGGUGUCCAAAAAAUUUGCGCAUCGCGUACAAAUUUUUUUGUUCAUGAGAUGGUUUGCGACACUUUUUUGUACAUGGCCACGUCGGGCCCCCAUAUGGGCCCUCGCGGCCCCGCAUGGCCCCCCACAGGGGCCCGCCCGCACAGCCUGCAGACCCAACAUGACAGCAUAAACAUUCGUUCUCAUCCACAUGAUGUAACCCAAACCCAGGCAAAAGUCCAAUAA